UCAAGGCGCAAGGUAGAGAACACUCCUGCUUCAAAGGCAAAGGGAAUCGGAGGUACUCCCCAACUUUGGACACUUCUGGAUCUUGAGAUGCGAACAAAGCAGGUCCCAGUCCUGUGGGCAUUCGUCCUCCUGUGGAACCUCUACAUCUCCUCCUCCCAGACCGUUUACCCUGGAAUCAAGGCAAGGAUCACCCAGCGUGCACUAGACUAUGGUGUUCAAGUUGGGACGAAGGUGAUGGAGGACAUGGCAAAGGAAAUUGUCAUCCCAGAUCUGAAAGGUUCUGAGUCUCUCGAGUUCCUGAAGAUUGACUACGUGAAGUACAACUUUUCAAACAUAAAAAUCAACGCCUUUUCACUGCCGAAUACCUCACUGGCCUUUGUGCCUGGGGUAGGAAUUAGAGCGCUGAGCAACCAUGGCACUGCCAACAUCAGCGCCAACUGGGAAGUCAGGGCCCCGCUUUUCCAAGAUUCAGGAGCUGCUGAUCUAUUUCUCUCUGGAAUCUACUUUACUGGCAUUGUUGUCCUCACCCGUAAUAACUUUGGCCACCCAGCCCUGGAACUCCAAGACUGUCAUGCCCAAGUGAGCCAUGCCCGCGUCUCAUUUUCUGGAGGCCUCAGUGUCCUGUAUAACUCCUUUGCCGAGCCCAUGGAGAAACCCAUUUUGAGGAAUUUAAAUGAAAUGCUCUGUCCCAUUGCCAUCGAUCAAGUGGAGGCGUUCAAUGCCAACAUCAGCGCACUGGAGGUUUUAACCAAGAUUGACAACUACACCGUGCUGGAUUGCUCCCUGCUCAGUCCUCCAGAAGUCACUGAGAACCACCUUGACUUGAGCUUGAAGAUUUCCAACUAUUUCAAUCAAAAUACUCAAGGAAUUGGCAGCGUGCUCUCCAAGAUUGCAGAGAUCUACAUCUUAUCCCAGCCGUUCAUGCUGCAGAUCAUGGCCACAGGGCCUCCUGUGAUCAACUUACACCCAAACAAUUUCAGCCUGGAGUUCCCAGCUGCUGUCGCCAUGCUCACUCAACGGGAGAACUCCACCAUCGAGCACAUUGUCUCCAUGGACUUUAUUGCUAGUACCAGUGUUGGCCUGGCUAUUUUGGGACAAAAACUGAUCUGCUCCUUGUCUCUGAACAGAUUCCGCCUCUCUUUGCCAGAGAACAGCCACAGAGAUGCUAAGGUCGUGAGGUUUGAGAAUAUCCUGUCCUCCAUUCUUCACUUUGGAGUCCUCCCACUGGCUAAUACAAAACUGCAGCAAGGAUUUCCUCUCCCCAACCCCUACAACAUCUCAUUUGUCAAUUCAGACAUUCAAGUUCUUGAGGAUUUCCUUCUGAUUUCUACUGACCUGACACACGAAACAUCCUCAAAACAACAGCCAAAUCUCCACAGCUGGGGAGGUCUGAACCUGGUAAAUGGACCAUGGAGAGAACAGCCAACCCAUUGAUCGCCGGUUCACAAUCCCCUCCAGGAAGUAAACAACCUGGGGUCCCAUGGAAACUGUAAACCUGAAGAUGAAGGCCAUGCACCCUGGAUAUAAAAAAGCCCAUGUGAAAUAGUUUCUCCCUGGAGCCCUAAGAGACCUAGAGUGAGGAGGCCAGCUGAGUGAAAGGGCCCAAGAGGGCCGAGGCAGUGGGAGGAGGGUGCAUGUACGUCAGUAUGUAACCAUGUUGUGUGCCUGUUUCUAACCCGUGGAUAAGAGUGAGGAUGCAGAUCUGACCGGGUGGGUAAGGAACUUGUCUGUAUUUGUACCAGUAGGUGUGUGUGUGUGUGUGUGUGUGUGUGUGUGUGUGUGUGUGUGUGUAUCAUGUCAGCUUUUCAGAGACUUUCUUCUUUAGCUGGAUUUUGUGUUUUAUGUUUACUAUUACUGCCCUGUGCUUAAUUAAAAUUGUUUUCUAUCAAUGUCAGUCUCUGUGUGUGAA